AUGCUUGAUUUUGAUUUGAAUGAACCUUUCAUUGAAGAGGAAAAUAAUGAUGAUGAACCUUUUAUUGGCCAAACCUUUGAGACUCAAGAAGAGGCAUUCGUCUUUUAUAACAAGUAUGCUAAACAUCAUGGUUUUGUUGUUCGUAAAGAUCGUUCGGACACUAGACAUGGUAAGACUAUCAGACGUGAUUUUUAUUGUCAUUGCGGAGGGAAAAAACCUUUGAAGGUAGUUGACUUUUCUAAACCUCAAAGAAAUAAGGAAUCAUCAAAAUGUGAUUGUAAAGCUCAUAUGCGAAUUACAUUGAAAAAAUGUUUCGGUAUAUUUCCAGAAGAAUGGCAUGUCACUAAGUAUUCCAAGCAACACAAUCAUGUAAUGUUGCCACCAGAAGCGAUGCGUUUUCUCCCGUCAAAUAGAAACAUCAAUCUUGAAGAUGAGAAGAAGAUUUUGUUAUUUAAGGAGGCGGGACUAUCGGUUAGACAAAUAAUACGGGUCUUGGAGCUAGAAAAAAAUGUUGGACAUAGUGAACUACCAUUUAUUCAGAAAGAUGUUCGAAAUUUGUUUGGUCGAGUUAAGAGGUUGCUUGGAGCAAAUGAUUCCAAGAGUCUUUUAGAGUAUAUGAAAUUUGCCAAUGAGGAAAAUAAUAAGUUUCAAUAUGCUUACACAGAUGAUGAAAAAAGAAGAGGCAUGAUAACCACCAGAAGAUCAGAGAGCAUAAACGCUUUUAUUAAGAGAUUUGUUUCCUCUCAUGUAUCUACUUUGACCGACUUUGUGAAACAGGUAGCUCUUGCUGUUCAAGAAAUUUGCCAAGGACAAUCACAUAGCAAUAUGGUUGCUACUCUCAGCCCCAUUAGCAUGAAAACAAAGUCACCAUUGGAAGGUCAGGCUUUUGAAGUCUUCACUCCAUUUGCUUUCAAAAAGUUUCAAGAUGAAUUAAUAAAAGCAAGUCAAUAUUCUAUUAUCCAAAUAGAAGGCAAUUCGUACGUAGUGUAUAUGGGAGCACACUCCCAUGGUCCAGAAGCUACUAUCGAGGAUUUUAAUCGAGUGACGGAUAAUCAUCAUAGUUUCCUUGCAAAUUUUCUAGGAAGUCAUGAAAAGGCAAGGGGUGCAAUAUUUGACUCGUAUACAAGGGUUAUCAAUGGUUUUGCUGCCAACCUUGACAAGCAUCAAGCAGAGGAAAUAGCAAAACAUCCGGACGUGGUAUCUGUGUUUCUAAACAAAGGGAAGAAAAAACACACUACACACUCUUGGGAUUUCUUGUUGCUCGAAAACAAUGGCAUUCGAAGUGAAGAAUGGGCCGCAGCUAGAUUUGGAGAAGAUACCAUCAUCGGCAACCUUGACACUGGUGUAUGGCCUGAAUCCGAGAGCUUUAACGACAUAGGGUAUGGACCUGUUCCAUCGCGAUGGAAAGGUUCUUGCGAGCAAUACUCCAACAAAACUAAUGGAGUUCAUUGCAACAGGAAGUUGAUUGGAGCAAGGCACUUCAACAAAGGAUACAAAUCCUAUGGUGGAAAUGUGUCAAUAGCUAUAGAAUCUGCACGAGACUUCGAUGGCCAUGGAUCGCAUACCCUCUCAACAGCUGGAGGAAACUUCGUACCGGCAAGCAUAAAUGGCAAUUUUCUAGGGACUGCAAAAGGCGGUUCACCAAGAGCACGAGUUGCUUCAUACAAGGUUUGUUGGGAGCCUAUUGACGGAAAUGAAUGCUUUGAUUCUGAUAUCAUAGCAGCUUUCGAUAGGGCCAUUCAUGACGGGGUUGAUGUGCUAUCUUUAUCUCUUGGAGGUGAUCCUGUUGACUACUUCGCGGAUGGAAAUGCCAUUGGAGCCUUUCAUGCGAUUCAAAAUGGUAUUGUUGUGGUGUGUUCUGCUGGAAAUUCUGGGAAUACUCCUGGUACUGUCACCAAUGUUGCUCCUUGGAUUUUUACUGUUGCUGCGAGUACUAUGGAUCGUGAGUUUGACUCCUUUGUUAAACUUGGCAAUGGACAUCAUUUUAAGGGUGCAAGCCUAUCACAGGCAUUGCCGAAAGUUGGACCAUAUCCACUCAUCUCUGCUGCUGAUGCAAGAGCUGCUAAUGCAUCUGUUCAUGAUGCUCUCCUUUGCAAGCCAGGCACAUUAGAUGUUAAAAAGGUGAAAGGAAAGAUUGUGGCUUGCCUUAGGGGAGUCACCGCUAGAUUGGACAAGGGCAAUGUAGCAAAACUUGCUGGAGCUGCUGGCAUGAUUCUUUGCAAUGACAAAGAAGAUGGAAAUGAAACCAUUGCAGAUCUUCACGUACUUCCUGCAGUACAUGUAAACUACAAAGAUGGAUCAGCUAUAUUCAACUAUAUUAAUUCCACAAAUAAUCCCGUGGGUUAUUUUACUGCCUUUAAAGCAAGUUUCGAUGUCAAACCUGCUCCCUACAUGGCUCCCUUCUCCUCCGUCGGUCCAAAUACAGUUACACCAGAGAUUUUGAAGCCUGAUAUCACAGCACCAGGUGUGAGUGUUGUAGCUGCAUACAGUCAAGGGGUGAGUCCAACAGCAGAGCCUUAUGAUCACCGCAAACUAUCUUUCGCAGUCGAAUCUGGUACAUCUAUGUCUUGUCCCCAUAUAUCUGGUAUCGCCGGCCUUCUGAAAACACUUAACCCUUCAUGGAGUCCUGCUGCUAUCAGAUCUGCUAUAAUGACUACAGCUAAAACUCGAGAUAACACAAUCAAACCAAUGGAAGAUGGGGACUUUGUUAAGGCCACUCCAUUUGGUUACGGAGCAGGACAUGUCAGACCAAACCGCGCCAUGGAUCCUGGGUUGGUCUAUGACUUAACCACAACUGAUUACGUGCACUUCUUAUGUGCCAUUGGCUACAACAACACUAUAAUCAAAACCUUAUACAAUGGUUCCGUCGAAUGUUCAAAAUCAAGUUCUAACAAAGCCACCCUUUUGAACUUUAACUACCCUUCCAUUACAGUCCCUGAACUUUCUGGCUCCGUCACUGUUACUAGGACUUUAAAGAACGUGGGAUCUCCAGGUGAAUAUGUAGCCCGUGUUCGCCACCCAUCGGGAGUAGCUGUUACUGUGAAUCCAAGGCUAUUGAAGUUUGACAAAGUUGGAGAAGAGAAGAAGUUUACAGUGACUUUAACUUCUGAAAUUAAUAAAAGUGGAGAUUACAAGUUUGGAGAGUUAUUAUGGUCAGAUGGCAUGCACAAUGUUAGAAGUCCUAUAGUAGUUGCUUCUUCUCACUGAUUAGCGAAUAGAUUAGAUUUUCGUUACGAUGUUUUUUCUUAAUUAGAUUAUGAUUAGGAAACACUAGCAUAAACAUCAUUAGUUAUUACUUAUACAGAUUUGGAAUAGUUAUUUAAGACAGUUGAUGACUUAUAAGUCAGCUAGACAGCUACUAUUUGUUGAUUUUUUUGU